UAAGAGUACGAUUUAACUAAAAUUUCGACCCUUCCGGUUGUUGGAGAAAAUGCGGGAAAUCAAACCCAUCAUUGCAUUAUUGAGUAUUAACAAAGGCUUUUCAAAAUUUUGUUGAUUGAAGUUAAUCUUGAGAUCUGAGUACUACAUGGUUCAUAACAGUCUCUUUAAAAAAUCACUUUGCUUUAAAUGAUUGAACAAUGGCAGAAAGACCCGAAGAUUUAAACUUACCAAAUGCAGUUGUGACACGGAUCAUCAAAGAUGCGAUUCCUGAAGGUGUAAAUGUCUCCAAAGAAGCCAGACUAGCCAUAUCUAAGGCUGCCAGUGUGUUUGUUCUGUAUGCCACAUCUUGCUCGAACAAUUUUGCCAUGAAAGCGAAGAGAAAGACCAUUAAUGCUAAUGAUGUCGUUAGUGCAAUGGAGGAAAUGGAAUUUGAUCAAUUUGAAGAACCACUGAAAAAGUGUUUAGAGGCAUAUAGAAGUGAACAGAAAAACAAGAAAGAAGCAAAUGAAAAGAAGAAGAAAGAAAGAGAACUGGAAGCACAAACUGUGGAAGAUGUCAUGGAGGAAGAAGAGGAUGAUGACAAUGAUGGAGAUAAUGAGAAGGAUGAGGAUUUUGUAGCAGAGGAAGAAGAAGAUGAGGAGGAGGAAGAAGGAGGUGUGGAAUCAGUGGGACCAGGCAGUGGGGUCAAUGACAAUGCCAGUGUGUCCGGGAGUGGUACAGGAAGUGUGGUGGAGAUUUCAGACGAUGAUAGCUGAUAGAGGAAACUCUCAGCUUAUGGAAAUGUUAUUUAGCAUGAUACUUGUGUUCUACUUGUGUUGUUAUAAAGCAAUGAUGUAAAAAAAGAAAUUAAAUUAAAAUCCAUGUUUGAA